AUGGUCGGAAGCUCGAGACGAAAGAUGAAGGCUGUUGUUAUCGACAAAUUCGUCAAUGACUUUGAUGAAAUAAAGGUCUCCGACAUUGACCGGCCAAUCUCUACAGCAGACCGCUACCUCAUCCAAAUCAAGGCUGCUGGGGUGAACUAUGUCGAUACCCUCUAUGCCAGGGGAAGACACCAAAACAACCGAUCCCUGGUACGGCCGCCCUUCACCCUAGGCCUCGAGUUCGCCGGCAUCAUCCUCUCAUCACCGCCUACCUCCGAAUUCCGUCCUGGCGAUAGAGUCUUCGGAGGCAGCACAGGUUCUUACAGCGAGAUCAUCUCCCUCGACGCCUCGACGCCCCUCCAUCGCAUCCCUCCCCAAUGGACAUUCGUCCAAGCUGCCGGGCUAGCCGCCACGCUCCCCGUCUCCUACGCAGCGCUCGUCCAAGCUGGCAUAAGAGCCGGCCAGACUGUCUUGGUCCAUGCCGCUGCCGGUGGGCUCGGUCUGAUGGCCCUUCAGGUUGCUGCGGCCUUGGGAUGCCGGGUGAUAGGGACGGCGGGCUCAUCCGAGAAGUGCAACGUGGCCCAACGUUCGGGGGCUGAUAUUUGCAUCAACUACUCCGAGGAUGCAGCGUGGUGGGACCGUGUGCUGGAGCUGACUGACGGGAAGGGUGUCGACGUAGUUUUUGAUCCCGUCGGCCUCGUGGACCGAAGCUUAAAGUGCAUUGCUCACAGAGGCAAGAUACUGAUUGUAGGGUUCGCUGGUAUCCAGGACGAUAUGGAGAAAAUCGCCAUGAAUAGAGUCCUACUCAAGCAGGUGUGUUUGAUAGGUUAUCGAUACGGCGAGAGCUUGCGACGGUAUCCUGAAGAGGAGAAUGCCAUCUGGAACCAGCUGAAACCCUUGAUGGAAACUGAUAAAAUCCGGCCUGUCAUCUAUCACGCUGAGUAUCCUGGUCUUGAACAUGUACCCAGGGCUCUCAAGGACAUGUCAAACCGCAAGAUUUGGGGCAAAGCAGUCAUCACUUUGGAUAAUGACAGUGAUGGUCUGCCUUUGACAAAGCUCUAA